GCUGCCAGAGAACCUUCUCGCCUGUUGGACUCACAGCCUUUCUCCCAGCCUCCUCACCAGACUGUCUGUGACCUCCAGAGCAGAAUCUACCCAUCCAUCUAUCCAUUAAUCCAUCCACCCCGCUGGAACAGCUCAGCUCCACCAGACCCCUGGGCACCGGGACCACUCCUGUCACCUCCACCACCUCCCUCCAUCACCCACCCCACCACUACACUAUCAUCUGCACCACCUCUCUGUCCAUCUGUCCUGCACUAACCUCCGGCCACCACUAGAGUGCACUCUCGCCCCUUCACUCCCUCUCACUGCCCAGCACCGAGCCCCAGCAUGGAGAAGGUGCAGCACACGAUGCGCUCGGCCAUCCGCAGGGCCUCUAUGGUGGUGGACGUGCCCCCCCAGGCCAAGCAGAACUUGCAGGAGCUCUUUGUCAACUUCAGCCUCAUCCUCAUCUGCCUGCUGCUCAUCUACAUCAUCGUGUUGUUGAUGUGAGGGCCUCAGAGGGGCCGGGAGGGGCCAGGCUACAGCCCAACAGGGCCAUGACCUCUCAAGAGGGCCAAACAAUGGAAGGGGAAGGGAGGAGGGGAUUGGGUGGCAAACAUGGAGAUUAUCCUAGUAUUUUGUAAACUGGUUUUAAAUUGAAAGGAAUUUGUGUAGAAUAAGAUCAGAUACUGUUUUUGUAGAGUUUAAUCAAUUCUGCCUGAUUUUAAUGACACAACUAAAAUCACUCAUUAUAACACUAUAAAGGUGCAGUGUGUGAGCAGUAGAAGAUUGUUGGUCUCAGAUGCAGUUUAUGUCAGUUGUGUGUCACACACGUCACCCUCCUGUAGGUCUGUCAUCCGUGCUCCACAUCAUGUCACCAGCACAGUGUCUCUGCCACCCCUCACUAGAACGCAACGCCUACAGCCACCUGGCUACACUGGGCUAGUCACACACACACACACACACACACACACACACACACACACACACACACACACACACACACAGACAAAAUAAACUUACUGACACUAUUAACCUAAGGAAAUCAGACUUGUAUGUGCGUGAUGAUCAUGUGUAUGUCUGUGUAAGUGUUCCAGUCUCUCACUGGGCCCGUUUUCCCUCCCAGACCUCUGUAGCUGAACCAACGACCACCACAGCACAGCGAGGGCUAAGCAGAGGGAUGUAACGAUCCAUCAAACCAUCUCCAUCACUGGUCUUCCUGAGGACACCCCCAGAAUUACCCUCUUAACUGAAGAGCUUUGCCCAGAAUUGAUCCCUCUGCGUGGGGCAUUUGCAGCCUCAACCCAGCCUCUCCAUGUCGAGUGAAACCAUGGACCUGGUCAACAACCGCGGUCUCAACCUGAUGCUCAACUUCCUCCUCAUCGUCAUCAUGCUGCUCCUCAUGCUUGUCCUGGUCAAACUCAUGUAACCUCUGACCUCUGACAUACAGUAUGACCUUAUGGCAUAGGUUGAGCAAUUCCAGUCCCCAAGGGCCACAGGGUCUGAUGGGAGUCCCUCUAGCUCUGAUUUGGUCAUAUAAAUACACCAUGGCUUCAACUAAUUAUUAUUCAACAGUUCACAUCAAAAAUCACUGAAUAAAGGCCUGUUGGAGGCUGUUGGAGUAGAACUAAACAUUGUGAGCUUCUGGAGAGUAGAAAAUAGUUUGGGAUUCCAUGAGAUCGUUACAUGGGAUGGCAAGAUUCAAAAUAUGAAUUAACAGGAGGAUGAAACUCCACCCACCGAUGGUAAAGAAAUGAAAUAAAGUUGACAUGGCAUGAUCAAUAGAACGCCCUCCUUUACGUUUAGUUUACCUCCCUCUAGUGGUAGAAUCACCAAACUGCACCACAUCUACUUCUGGCCAGGGCACUGAACACAGAGAUAAAUCCAUGCUCUCUGAUCCUUAUUGUAGAGUUGUGGUUUAUAUGAGCCAUAGAGAACAAUCAUUUCAAAGCUUAACGCUCACAGUCACCGACUAUUCAAAGCUAUUAGGACCAAAGCACAUGUUACAACUGACAACUGAAAUGUAACUGAAAAUGAUUAAAGCCAUACACCGCCCUUUGCUGUGUGAUAUGAGUUCUUUAUGUAACUGUUGAGUAACUGUUGAGUGAAGCCUAUAGGUUCCUUCCCUUUUGGAGACUCAGGUUGCUCUUAAACUAAUAGUUGAUAAGUACAACAGAUUCUUGACUCAAUAAAAAUGGGUACGUACAGCCUAAGCCUGUAAACUUUUCAGUGAGAUAUAUAAUGUUGUUGCUACAAUAUCCUAACAUAACUGUGUGCUGUAGUGCAAAUGUUUUCGUGUUCAGUAGUAGUAGUUGAUUCGUUUGUUUUGGCAGAGUACUGAAUAGCUACAGAGUAAAUACAGCAAACACCUCCAGCUAAACACAGAGAAGCUCUCUACAGUCUGACGAUGAAACAUGCAUGACUACUGCAGAACUGUUGUAGUGUUGUCUAUCUGCAGGCGCUGGCUCCACUUCACAUUUUCUUAUGUCGCACAGCAUUUUGUAAAGAAUGUUAUAAAAUAAAGAUAAAAUACACAAACUGUAAA